AUGGGGUCUCUGUUUCCUUGUCUUCCAGAUGAAAUUGGAUGGGAAUGCCUGCUGAGGGUGGAAUUGAACUCUCAUCAUAACCUCAGGUGUGUCUGCAAAAGCUGGAAUGCCGCAUUGAAAAACCCCCACUUUUAUCGAGAAAGAAAAAGAUUGAAGAUUUCUGAGCGACGGAUUUGUAUGCUCCAGCUCAUAGAUGGCGUUUGCAACAGAGUAGUGGUAUAUGACCUGGAGAAGAACUCCUGCAAAAAUCUACCGCCCAUUCCCACAGAAAUUAACGGCGUCGUUCACAGUCAUUUCUUGAAACAAAAACUGGUUUUGAUCGUGGAUUUUGUUGCCGACUUUGGUUGUGUGUGGUUGUACGAUUUUGUUUGUUCAGAAUGGCGACAGGGUGCCAAAAUGCCAAGAUGCCAAAAGGGUGCAGAAUUUGCCUGCGCAACAGAUGAGCACGGGGGACUCAUUUAUGUUGGUGGAGGGUAUCAUCAUCAAGAGGGCAAUCAUAUAUAUUGCCUCGGAAGCGCUUCAGUUUACAAUGUGGAGGAGGACAAAUGGGAUGUUCUCCCCGACAUGAACACCUGGGGCUCUAUAGGUGCUUUUGCUGACGGCAAGUUUUAUGUAAUGGGAUAUGACAAGUUUGAGGUUUUUGAUUCCUACACGAGAAGCUGGAAAAAUAUGGAGAAUAGAUUCGACAGUACGCUUUUCGUAAGUGGUUUUGGGCGCUUGCAUUGCCUUUCUGAUAGGGAAUUGAUUGAAUAUGACUAUAGCCAAGAUAAGUUGAACAUUGUAGGAACUAUUCCAAUAGAGGAUUGGGGCCAACUUGUUAACUUAUGUCUAGUGGUUAGCAAUAAAAUCCUUGUGGGAAAAUGGCAUCCCAUCCAAGGUCAAUAUUUUUAUAUGCUCGAGCCUCCAAGUGAGUCCGCAGGAACAGUCAAGGUGAUUCGCAUUGACAGACCAUCGGGCCUCCAGGGUUUCGCUAUAAGUGCUGCUACUCUCGAUCUUUGA